UUUUCAAUUUGGCACAUUCCCAUAGAAAAUUUCCGUGAUCAUGCAACAAUCCCUCCUAACAAACAAUUUUAUCCAGAUAAUCCGACCGAAAAGAUUUUCUAUGAUCACCCUCCCGUUUCACCACGUUCCCGUAGUCGUAGAACAGUCCGGAAAAGGGGAGAGAGCCUUCGAUAUCUACUCCCGUCUCCUGAAGGAGAGGAUCGUUUGUUUAAUGGGACCCAUAAACGACCUCACCAGCUCGAUCACCAUUGCGCAGCUGCUGUUUUUACAAUCGGAGUCCACUACCAAGCCGGUGCACAUGUACAUUAAUUCACCUGGAGGGGUUAUAACAGCAGGAUUAGGGAUCUACGAUACUAUGCAGUAUGUGUUGCCUCCGAUUUCUACUUGGUGCGUGGGGCAGUGCUGCAGUAUGGCGUCGUUGCUUCUGGCAGCUGGAACCAAAGGGAUUUUAGGGAUGAGGUAUUCCCUACCGAAUUCCCGCAUCAUGAUUCACCAGCCGUCGGGGGGAGUGACCGGACAGGCCACGGACAUAAAAAUCCAGGCUGAAGAAAUAUUAAAGUUGAAACAGCAAAUAAAUCGCCUUUACGAAAGGCACACCGGCAUGCCUCUGGAUAAGGUAGAGGCUAGUCUGGAAAGGGACAAUUUUAUGACGCCGCUAGAAGCCAAACAAUUCGGGCUCAUAGACGAGAUCAUGUUCAAGCCUCCCAAGAACAAAGAGGGGAAACUGGAAUUCGCCGGAAGAGAUCAAAAGAGCCAAACCACCGUUAAGCACCCGGGCAUCGAAUUAUGAGGCGGUUUGCGUAUGAUUUCGAUCGGUAAAAAUUUUCACGACGAACAGGGCAAGAAUUCGCUAAAAAAACAAUAUGAGCCGAUUUACCGAGCGCCAUGAUUGAUUGACGGUUCCCCACGUCGGAGCGUCUUCGGGGAAAAUACCCCAAAUAGAAUUGUCAAAUCAUUUUCACCUGUCCAAAUUGAUGCGCACGAGAGAAAAUUGUACGAUGCACCGAUCUGAAAAUUCUUUAUAG